AUCAAACAUGAGGAACCAGGGCAAUUGUUUAACUCCGUUAAACAAGUCCAAACACCGACAAUCACUACCGCGAGGGGGACACGCCGAUAGAGGGGGUCGGGGUGUCCUCGGCCAAGUGUCGCAUUGACAGGGUGAUGUGUGUCGGGGAAUAUGAGGGAAAUGGAAGCACAAGUUGAAGUCUUCGCAGAAGGACAAGGUUCGGCAGUUCAUGUCCUUCACGCAGGCCGGGGAGAGGACGGCCGUGUACUGCCUGACGCAGAAUGACUGGAAACUAGAGGUCGCCACAGACAACUACUUCCAGAAUCCAGACCUCUACUACAAAGAAUCCAUGAAAACCACAGUGGACCGCAAGAAGCUGGAGCAGCUCUACAACCGAUACAAAGACCCCCAGGAUGAGAACAAGAUAGGUAUCGACGGGAUCCAGCAGUUCUGUGACGACCUGAUGCUGGACCCGGCGAGCAUGAGCAUACUCGUGGUGGCGUGGAAGUUCAGAGCGGCCACGCAGUGCGAGUUCAGCAGGAAAGAGUUCCUGGAUGGCAUGGCUGAGCUCGGCUGUGACAGUCCUGAGAAACUCAAGGCGGUCCUCCCCAGACAAGAGCAGGACCUGAAAGACACAGGGAAGUUCAAAGACUUCUACCAGUUCACCUUUAACUUUGCCAAGAACCCCGGCCAGAAAGGUUUAGACCUCGAGAUGGCUGUUGCUUACUGGAAUCUAGUUCUCACAGGUCGCUUCAAGUUUUUGGAUCUCUGGAACCGCUUCCUGCUGGAGCAUCACAAGCGCUCCAUCCCCAAGGACACGUGGAACCUCCUCCUGGACUUCGGCAACAUGAUCACGGACGACAUGUCAAACUAUGAUGAGGAAGGGGCCUGGCCCGUCCUCAUCGAUGACUUUGUGGAGUUUGCUCGGCCGAUUGUGACGAGUCUGUCGCUCUCCACGGAUCAGUGCCACAGAACUCCGAAAGAGAAAAACGACGUCACUUUGAGAACAAUGCCUUUGCUGCCAUCAAGGGGUGCGAUGCUUCUCUUUCGUACGAGACUGAGUGUGGCUCUUCAAAUGUCAUCAUGAACACUCGCUGCGGCCCGCUUUCUUGGCUAGAGAGUGCGACAGAAGGUAGAGCUCAGGUACCAGUCUUCCUCUCCCGGUCACGGUGAGCAGCAGGCGGCUUCCUGCGCUUGCAUCAGUAUAUCGCCAUCAAACUAUGCCAACUUUCUUUCUCCCAAUUGUUUACACCGCGAUAAGACCUUUGCCUUGUGUUGAAAUAAGGGUGGAUUGUUUCCCUGUAUCAAAUGUCUCAUUACUCAUCAACUACAGGGGGAAUAAUUGCCUUUGGUUUUACUGUGUGUGUGUGUGAGAGAGAGAGAGAGAGAGAGCAGAAGGACAGUCAUAAACUAUUGGUGUGCAUGAAAUUGAGGCAAAUCAGCGUUAUUAUGAUUUCCGUCAAAGACGCCAGCUUCAUCAUGUCUGUAAAACAGUCACUGUCGUAGCAGCUGGUAAACAUGUCACAUUGUUGUAACUAGUCGAGUUGGAAUGAAACAUCGAGUGUGACUUUCUGACUGUCAAAAGUUGUGCACAAACUUUUCUCGGUCGAGACGGCACGAUGGUGUGAAAGCGUUUCCCAGUUUGGUUGUUGUUGUUGUUGUUGUUGACGUCACGGUCCGACAUCGUCCGUGUUUCAAAAGCAAGUAUUCGGUUCGCUGACGUGUUGCAUUUGGUACGUUUCUAUUUGUCAAAUGUGUGGUCAACUGUUUCAAGUCGUGCAGAUCAUUCUUAUCAAAACAGUAUUAAUUUUGCCGACAAUGAAAUUGUGUUGUUAUGUUUUGUCACAGAAGCAUAUACCGUACAUUGUUUUCUUCAAGAAAAGUUGUCAAUAAAGCAUGUUGUUUUUAAC